GAGAGCAAGUUGCUGCGCCGCUCCUGGAUUGUAGGAUUCGAAAAAUUUACUUGUGUUUGUAUUUGUGAUUCUUCACCUAUCCUGUGUGGGCGCUUGGCAUCGUGAGGAAAAUGCAUGCCUCAUUAUCUUGAUCGCAAGGUUGGUGAUAAUGCUGCUCGAAGGCGGGCCCUCGGGAUCCUAAGUUGCAGCGCCUCCGUUCCCCGCGACCUUUUUGUGCGUUCUCUGAAUUUCAUUGGUGUGCUUGCUUUCCACAUCUUGAUGGUUCUUGUUCUGCGUUGUACCACUUCCUUGUUACCGUAUUUCUCUGCCAUAAAUCUCCGGGCCGGCUCCUUUUCGUUUCCCGUUAAUUCCUGGAUGAUACGACUUGACGUGAGCUCACAAGGCUCAUGACUAUAAUUCGCGCCUGUCGCUCUCCGGAGCUUAGGAUGCGUUUAACUCUCCUGCCUCCCACAUGUCAAGUUUCAAAUCUGAGGCUUCCAUGAUCUAUCUUUCUCGCAUUCCUAUGCGUUAUCUGUCAGCUUGUUGACUCGUGAGCUAUCAAGAGAUGUUUUGAAAUAUUCUUGUCCAGCGGGAGUGUUGUGUGCUUUCAAACGUCUUAGAGACGAGGAAUCUUGCGCCAUCUGUGAAAUGGAGAUGGUCUAUGACGACGAUGUGGCUCGGUCUAAGUGACUGAUUAUGCCGGUUUUUUUUCUUUUUCGAUCCGGGCUGUUGGACAGUGCGAGGAAACUUGUUCUUAAAUGCACCAGGUUUUCUGAAUUUUGUCCAGGGGUGACCAUGGAGGUAGAUUGGAAGGAACUGCGUGGAAAGGUUGUGAUGACGAGUAGAUCAGAACAUCUGGGUAUGGUUAGACAAGAGCGUCUUUGACUGAGAUUGGAAACAGGGUGAGAGAGCUGGAGUUAGGUUGUGGCACUGGCGUACGAGACGGGAAGGAUGCCGCCCGCGUGCAGAACACUGGGGUUCUCAGGGAGCGUCGGGAGAGAAGAUGAAGAUGGUGUACCUGACGUGAAUGCGUUGCGGAUGCAGUUGUCGGUUAGUACUAUCAGAAGCUCUAGGAAAGUCACAUCCUCCCAAGGCUCGUCGUCUCUCACUUUCGAAGUUCCUGAUGCAGAUGAAGACUCCAAUGCACCUACGGAAAAAGAGACCCCUAAGGUUUUGAAUGUUCUGGCAGCUGUUCUUGACCGCCUUGUCACCAGGAAUGAACUAUUCGUCAACGCGCCUUCGCAGCAGGGCAAGAAAUUAACAAUUUUCCAUGGGUUGAGAGCCCCCAGCAUUAGCAUUGCGAAGUAUUUGGAGCGCAUUUUUAAGUAUACUAAUUGCAGUCCGUCUUGCUUUGUCGUUGCAUACGUGUUCUUGGAUCGCCUGGUCCACCGGCAACCGGAUUUGCUAGUCACUACUCUCAACGUGCACAGAUUGCUUGUGACGAGCGUUAUGGUGGCCACGAAAAUGCUCGAUGAUGUGCACUUCAACAACGCUUUCUUUGCUAGGGUCGGAGGUGUGAGUGUCGUUGAGUUAAAUCGCCUUGAGCUUGAGUUUUUGUUUCGCCUGGAUUUUAAGUUGUCCGUCACAAUUAGUGUGUUCGAGAGCUAUUGUACUUACCUUGAGAGGGAUAUAUCCGCUAUUUCUGAAAAAAGACCAGAACGAAGCUUGCCUGCAUUUGGCAGUGCACCUGCAAGUGUUUAUGGCACUGCUCCUGGUACUCCUCGGGGAAGUGCUCCUCAGACUCCGAAAGAGAUGUCUCCCAGGUUUAAGAUGCGAACACCUUCUGGAGCCCCAGCUUCGUAUAUGAGCAGAAAACAGAGUUCGUUACCGUAUCAGCAACCUCUAUCUCAGUAUUUUUUCAGAGAUUCACCGCCUAGUCGUUGAAAAGAAAACCCCGGCUAGUUUUGGUUCUCUUGAGAUUUAUAAGGCCUGUAGAUCAUGAAAGUCCAGCUGACGUCUUUAGACCUGUGGAAUGCUUUGUUCCUACGCCGCGGUGCUGAAAAUCGAUUUAUGGUAUGUGAAUCAAAUGCAGCAGCUGUUUUUAGCAAGUCUUGCCAAGGAGACCCAAUGAUACUGCCGAGAAUUUGAGGGAUCAAUACUUAAAAUUUCAGUUUAUAUCUCAGACAGACAAUCGGAAAUCACGGCAAAACAUUACCUCUAUGCUGCGAUGGCCUGGGCGCGUAUUAUAGUGUCGAGAAGCCUGUAGAAUUGAAGGUUAUCCUGGGACGCGAAGUACAAUGAAUGCGUAAGAAGUUGUAGCUUCUGAGCAGGUAUAGGAGUUUUACCAUGGGAGCAGGCCUUUGAGGCCUCCGAAUCUUUUGUCAAAGUUGCUUCAAUCUUCUGUCUAUGUCAAAUGAAGAAUAUGAGGGAGACAUCAUGAAGUACCUGUUCACACUGUUGGUACGAGGCUUAAAUACAUAGCAAGUGAAGUCACUACACCUCGAAAGAGAACGAGUUAUGCCACGUUGACUUCACAAUCCCAGCAGCAAGGGUCUUGGCAUUGCACCUUAAAUUGCGAUCCCCGUUACAGACGUGUAUCUGCUUGUGACGUUGUCAAAUCUUCAGUGACGACUAUGUUGGAUGUGCAAGCGAAUUGGGCAGAUUGUGCGCGUGUGUUCUUUUUCGAAUUUGAUCGGUCUUCGAGGGUUAAAUGCUGAACGUGUAACGGUCUUAGAAUUUGAAACUGAAGAAAAUAAAUGAGGAUUUAUACA